AUGGGCGAGGCGGUGGCGAGAGCAGCGGCAGGCGCCGGCAGCCCUUACAGCAUCAGCGGCGUCGGCGGUGCGGGCGGCAUCAAGAAGGAGGUGGCGCAGCAGGUCGUGAAGAAGUGGGAGGAGGCCGGCGUUGCGGAUGACCCUGGGGCGCUGCAGAAGCUCUUCCUCAAGCAGUCGGCUGUGCCCAUCUUCGGAACAGUCCUGCAGACCCUGAUUGAUGCGGCUGCAACCUACUCAAUCUGGACCAGCGCCCUAUAUUUCUCGUGA